CUUAGGUUUACAAUGUUUUACAUUGUCCAAUUGUCAUUGAUCUUUAUUACUGUUUGAAAAAGUUUUGUAUAACUAUGGUUAAGAUUUGAGAUUGAUUUAAGAUUUAAACUAUUUAAUUAGAAAAAAGUGAAACAUGUUUAUUUUCUAUACUUCAGUGAUCACACUGGUUUAAACUAGAAUUUUCUUAGUAUUAACUCUUGCAUUGAAAUCUACUCACUAGUUAUUUUCACUCUUUUUAUUGGAUAUUUAAAUUUUCUUUGUUGAAAGAUUUUAUUUAUAUUAUAAGUCUAUAACUAAGCUUUUAUCUUUAAUUUUUGAAUUGGAUGUUAUGUUGAAAUUUAUAUAAAAUGUCUGCUUUGAAACACUUUGUGUUUCCCGAUCAUGCACCAAAUUCUGGGACUGUGAAGGCAAAGUGCAAAUAUUGUCCAACAUACAUCUCUGGCAAUGCCAAAACAACAUCAAACUUUGUGACACAUUUAAAGAGAAAGCACAGAGACAUUUUCAUUCAAAGUAAAUCUGAGGAUGGUACACAAAUAUCGCAAACAAAUAUAAGCAACUUUACAAAAUCUACAUCAGUUUCAAAAUACUCUGCCAAUGAUGCUUCUCAAAUGCAGAUUACAGAUGCUUUGGUUUCAUUUGUAGCUGGAAAUUUAACACCACUCUCAGUUGUAGAGAGUCCUGAAUUCAAGACCUUUGUCGAAUCAUUGAAUCCAAAAUAUCAACUUCCUAGCAGGAAACAUCUUUCUACCAAACUAUUACAUCAGAAAGCAAGCAAUAUUCAAUCAAAUAUAAAGGAAAAAUUACGCUCAGCAGAAAGUGUGUGUCUGACUAUCGAUUUAUGGUCUAAUCGUCAGAUGAAGGGAUUCUUAGUAUCACUUUACUUAACUUGUAUAUAAUUAUGAUAUUAAAAAAAUUCUAUAGAUUUAGUUUGUUGAUGUUAUGUAAAAUAUACAAUGUAAUCACAAGUAAUCACAAGUAAUCAUGAUUACAAUGGAGAAAAGUAAUCUAAUGUAAUCAAUUACAUUUGAAAUUGGGUGUAAUCAUAAUGUAAUCGAUUACAUAAAAUAAGCAAAGUAAUUGUAAUGUAAUCGAUUACAUUUCAAAGUAAUCGACCCCAUCCCUGGUAGCAGUAAACCCAAAUCACAUGAAGUAUCAAGAGACUGCUAAGGUGUUUGACGUUUCACUUGACCUUUCAUCCAGCAGAAAUUUAUUGUUUACUAAUCAAUGUGAAAUUUCAUUGGACAAUCAAUUAUCUAAAGUUUUAGAUUCUAAUUUAUUAGAGGAACCCUAUGAAAAUAAGGUCACAUGAUUGGUCGAACUCUUUUGCAUUGGUUGUACUAAUUUCAGAUAUUUUUUUGAAUUUUUAUGUCAAUCUCUUGCUAUGACGCAAUUUUUGUUGAAAAAAAUCGUAAAAAUAUCUGGAUUGACAGUAUUUUGGCCGAUAAUUUUAACUAUGGUGGAUAGUUGUAUCACUGGCAAUUAUAUCACAUCUCCUCAAUUUUGUAUAAAGAAGAGUAUUAUAUAAAUAUGUUAUUAUUUGUUUUGUGUUUAUCUCUAGUCUUCAUUUUCUGGAUAAUACAUCGGAUUAGCAAAGUUUUAGUUUACAAGGUUAUUUCUAACUUGAAGCCAAUUUCAACUCUAUACAGAUACUUGUUACUGAUCUUCAGUUUAUUUAUUUUUCUCUCAAAGACAAUAGCAGCAAGCUUAAAUUGUUGCUACUUUAUAAAAAUAAUUUUCACUGGUAAAAUAUUCAGUGUUUAACCUUCUACCUCAAAGAUUUUAAAUUCAAUAGUUAAGUAUUCAGUUCUCAACACAGACAAUAUGUAGACAAAAUGUAUUUAAAUUACUGAAAAACUUGUAUAUUAUUUUAUUGUCUUUUCUUGUCGAAAUAAAGAUCUCUGCCUGGUCCAAAACUUAUAGUAAUGAUCAUAUCUGCUGAUGAAAACUUCUUGUGUUGCAUCUCACAUUUUCUUCAUAUUGUAUUAUUCAGUAAUUGAAAAAAAUAUAUAUAAAAUGUCAUUGAAUGACUUUAAUCAUUUUUGUUAUUUAUUUUAUAUAGAAAUGAAUGUUUAUUUAUAGUUAUUGUAUAGUUAAAGAUAUAUUUAUUAAUAUGUAUAUUGGCUGAAAUGAUGUUGUAAUUCCUUGUAUGUAAUUUGUUUUUAAUGAAUAAGAUAAAAUCCAGAUCAUGAUAUGUAAACCAUAAACCCAAAUCACGAAAAAAUGGUGUUGAAUGGAACACUCUAAUAAAGGCAAGUUUAUAUAUAAAUUAGUCAAUAAUUGGUGCAUUGGUGCACAUCUAUAUUAACUAUAUAUGAUAGGCCUUUAUUCAUUCACUCUUUGAACAGUAAGAUUUGUUUUAAAUAUAUGUAACAUUCAAAUAUACACUGAAACAGCUGUUAUACUACUAGUUGUAAUGCCUUACAUCUUUAUAUCUUCAGAUUACUUUUUGACAUACAAGAAUGACUACUCUUCAACUUCUAUUAAAAUGGAAAAAGUCAUUGUUAUGCAAAUGCAUUGGAAAAUUUAAUAACACAAACAACUUACUGUUUGUCCUUAAAAAAAAAAUCUGCUCUUGUGUUGGUUUUUUUUUCUUUCUGUACCAACCUUUUAGAAAUUUUGAAUUUCAGGAGUGAUAUAUUUUUUUUUUAUCAAAGAAUAUCAAAAGAGUUUUUUUUAUCUUUACUGUUCACAGGGAAAUGUUUAAUUUAAUUUUGUCAUUACUACAAAUUAAAGUGUGCCAUUAAAUUAUGCUUCUUUUUUCAUAAGAGCUGAAGAAAGUGGAUUUUUUUUGUAAAAUUGUCUCUUAAGAUAUAUGCAAUUCUAUUUUUAUUAUAUUUGUGCAAUAUGCUAUUGUGUUUUAUGAAAUGAUUUUCUUAAUGCUGUUUGUGCAAGAUGUUUUCAUUUUAAAUGACAAUGAACACACUACAGAUUACACAACACCUACACAACACCAAAUGACAAAAUGCACAUAUUACAGAAUACCCAACACCAAAAGACAAAGUGCACACAUUACAGUAUACCCAACACCAAAUGACAAAGUGCACACAUUACAAAAUUCCUGACAUCCAAUACACAAUUUACAGAAUACCCAACACCAAAUGACAAAAAGAACACACAUAACAUUACCAUUGUAAUUUCAUAAAAAAAGUGGUCAUUUUUAAUACAGGAUCAAUCCAUAUUUGGGUUGAAAUAUAACAAUAGAAUAAACAAAUAAAGCACCAAAGCUGACAGAUGAAAUGAAAGAUACAAGAAUUACAAUAAUAUCAAACCACCGAACACCAUUCAAGAGUUAGUUUAUUCAUUGAUGCGUAUGAUUUUUAAUACAUCAAUUUCAUAUAAUUUCUUAUGUUGGGUUUUAAAAUAAAAUUUCUCAUUUUGACUUUUUCUAGUAUCACUAAGCAAUCAUUUGUGUCCAACUGAUCUGACAAAUAGCAAAUCUGCAUUUUUCCUGGUCAUCCACGAUUUGCAAAUGAGCACGAAAAAACUUUUACAAUGCAUUUAUUAGUUUCACAGUACACAACUUUUACAACAUCCAAUAUAUGAUGUGUACAAAAUAUGAGGAAUUCUAGUUAUUAAUAGUUCUAGAAUUAGAAGUUCUGUUGUAGACUCUUAAAUGUGUUCACAACAUAGUUUAAAUGACAGUUAUGACUUUUAAAUACUACUAUUUCCAUAUUCAAAACCAAUUGUUAGCUAUUCAGGAAAAGCUGUAGAUUGAAGUGAUCAGGAACACUGGCCAUGUAGGUUUGAAUUAUCUUUACAUGUAGUACAAGGGGAUAGUGUUUCUCUCACUCUGAUCAUUUGUUCAUCAGUGAGCUUUUCCUGGAGUAGCUAAAUGAAAUAGUGCCUUGGUACUUUUUUAUAUUGUUUUGUAUUUUUUUGUGAUAGGAUGUGUGUUUGUGAUGUGUGUAUAUGGGAAUAAAAUAUCUAAAAAGGUG